AUGACACCUGUAUCAAAGCGGCUUGUCGAAGACUACGAGUCUGAGAUGUUGGUCCGCGAACGCUCUAAGCAUGUAUCCGAUUCAUCAACGCAAACACAAGAGACCACGGCAGCUGAUAUAUUAUCGUCGGAAACACUAGGAAACGAAAUUGUUCAGAUAUACGUGGGGCAAAAAAGGAAACAUUUCUCAGUGCACAAGAAGCUAAUCUGCGACCGAUCAAAAUAUUUUAACGGCGCUUUCAACAGAGGCUUUAUGGAGGCGGGUUCAGGAGAACUAUAUCUCCCUGAAGAUUACAGCGCGGACGCAUUCGAUCAUUUGAUCGACUUCAUCUACAGAAAAGCGCUUCCCCACUACGAGUUGAACGAUUAUACCAGAUUCGUGGCUCUGUAUCACCUGGCACACCAGUUAGGGAUGGACGAUUUAAUGAACGAUCUUAUUGACGACGUCAGGAAGAAGCACAUGGACUACAACUGUUGCUUUGGACCGCGAGCCUCUAAAUUAAUCUACUCUAAUUCCGAUUCCGGUAGUAAACUGAGAGCCCUAGCGGCAUUCGAGAUUGUAGUUGACCUCCACGAAGCUUCAUGGCACGAAUUUGGCGAUACGAAAGAAUUCGAAGAUAAGUAUGCAGAAUUCUUCAAUGAAGCGCCCGAAGCUGGGGCAGACUUUUUCAGAGCGCAGUGCAGGUACACGCAAGAAGUAUGGAAUCAUACUACUAGAAAAAUACCUCAUGCGGCGGCCGACGAAUGCGAUUUUCACAUCCAUCUAGACGGAAAGGUGUCAUGCGCCGAUUAG